GAGAGCAGCAGAGGAAGAAAGUGAAUGAGCGCUCCAGAAGCACAAAGAGGAGUGGUUGGGGGGUGAGGGCGGAGGCAGGGCGGGGAGGGGAGUCACCGCCCCUCCUGGCCGCACUCUUCCCUUCGGUCCCCUGCGAGGAUGCUGCUUGCAGUGAUGCUCCGAGGGCAGGCACCUGCUGCUCUAUAAUGAUUCAGCCCCGCUCCGCCGUCGCAUUAACACUACAGGAUGCUGUUGCUACUGUCACUGCUGCCUCUCCUGCCGCCACCGCUGCUGCCGCCGCCGCCGCCAGCGCUGGUCCUGCUUCUGCUCCUACUUCUCCUGCAUGACAGUUGCUUUCUCCAUCCAAGCGGAGACCAGCUUCAGAUGCUCGAGGUGAGGAACAUGCCUUUCAGUCUGGGCUACUGGUUUACUUAAUCCACCCACCGUCAGCUGGGUUUUCUAUUCUGGCCCCUGUCCGCUGGACCAGCCGGGAUGGUUGGGAGAAGCAUUUAAAAAGAACUGCCAAAGUGGCCCCCAACACAGCAGUAAAGAAUUACAUUAUACUUUUAGUUGGUAGUUGCUAGAGGCUUUCCUCUCCCCCCUCCGCCUUCCUGCCUCCUGAACUCCUCUUUGCUUGUGAUAAUGGCCUUGGACUUGGACGACUUAUCGAUUUCCCCCUGUAAGAUGCUGUCUCAUUUGGUUGGGGGGGGCUCUGCAUGGUAAUGGACCGUGAGAGAGGCCAGGCCUUCUGGAGGUGAGCCGAUGGAGAUCUAUUCCCCAGACAUGUCUGAGGGGGCCCCCGAGAGGUCCUCCAGCCCCUCCACUCAGCUGAGUGCAGACCCGUCUCUGGAUGGGCUUCCGGCCGCAGAAGACAUGCCAGAGACCCAGACUGAAGACGGGAGAAGCCCCGGCCUGGUGGGCCUGGCCGUGCCCUGCUGCGUCUGCCUGGAAGCCGAGCGCCUGCGGGGUUGUCUCAACUCGGAAAAGAUCUGCAUUGUCCCCAUUCUGGCCUGUCUGGUCAGCCUCUGCCUCUGCAUCGCCGGCCUCAAGUGGGUCUUUGUGGACAAGAUAUUUGAGUAUGACUCCCCCACCCACCUUGACCCUGGGGGGUUAGGCCAGGACCCUGUUAUCUCCUUGGAUCCAAGUGCUGCCUCAGCGGUGUGGGUAGCAUCUGAGGCAUACACUUCACCUGCCUCCAGAGCUCGGUCUGAAACCGAGGUGCGAGUUACACUGCAAGUGGCCGAUGAUGCUCUGGCGUCCUCUGAAGCGUCCUCGGUGCCCACCCCGAAGAACCAUGUUUUCGCCUUCUCUUUCUUGCCGUCCACUGCACCGUCCUUCCCUCCCCCCACUCGGAACCCUGAGGUGAGAACACCCAAGUCAGCAACUCAGCCACAAACAACAGAAACUAAUCUCCAAACUGCUCCUAAACUUUCUACAUCUACAUCUACCACCGGGACAAGCCAUCUUGUAAAAUGUGCAGAGAAGGAGAAAACUUUCUGUGUGAAUGGAGGCGAGUGCUUCAUGGUGAAAGACCUUUCAAACCCCUCAAGAUACUUGUGCAAGUGCCCAAAUGAGUUUACUGGUGAUCGUUGCCAAAACUACGUAAUGGCCAGCUUCUACAAGCAUCUUGGGAUUGAAUUUAUGGAAGCAGAGGAGCUCUACCAGAAGAGGGUGUUGACCAUCACUGGCAUCUGCAUCGCCCUGCUGGUGGUCGGCAUCAUGUGUGUGGUGGCCUACUGCAAAACCAAGAAACAGCGGAAAAAGCUUCACGACCGGCUUCGGCAGAGUCUUCGGUCUGAGCGAAACAACAUGGUCAACAUCGCCAAUGGGCCUCACCACCCCAACCCACCCUCCGAGAACGUCCAGCUGGUCAAUCAAUACGUAUCUAAAAACGUCAUCUCUAGUGAGCAUAUUGUCGAAAGAGAAGUGGAGACAUCUUUUUCCACCAGUCACUAUACCUCGACAACUCAUCAUUCCACUACUGUCACCCAGACUCCGAGUCACAGCUGGAGCAACGGACACACCGAAAGCAUCAUUUCUGAAAGCCACUCUGUAAUCAUGAUGUCAUCGGUAGAAAACAGUAGGCACAGCAGCCCAACGGGGGGCCCAAGAGGACGUCUUAAUGGCAUGGGAGGCCCUCGUGAAUGUAACAACUUCCUCAGGCAUGCCAGAGAAACCCCUGACUCCUACCGAGACUCUCCUCAUAGUGAAAGGUUUGUGUCAGCAAUGACCACCCCGGCUCGUAUGUCACCUGUAGAUUUCCACACGCCAAGCUCCCCCAAAUCGCCCCCUUCGGAAAUGUCUGCACCUGUGUCCAGCACGACGGUGUCCAUGCCCUCGAUGGCAGUCAGCCCCUCUGUGGAAGAAGAGAGACCUCUGCUUCUGGUGACUCCACCACGGCUGCGGGAGAAGUAUGACCACCACCCUCAGCAAUUCAACUCCUUCCACCACAAUCCCGCGCAUGAGAGCAGCAGCCUGCCCCCUAGCCCCUUGAGGAUAGUGGAGGAUGAGGAGUAUGAGACGACCCAGGAGUACGAGCCAGCUCAAGAGCCUGUUAAGAAACUCACCAAUAGCCGACGGGCCAAAAGAACCAAGCCCAAUGGCCACAUUGCCAACAGGUUGGAAAUGGACAGCAACACAAGCGCUGAGAUCAGUAACUCAGAGAGCGAGACAGAAGAUGAAAGAGUAGGUGAAGCCACCCCUUUCCUGGGCAUACAGAACCCCCUGACAGCCAGUCUUGAGGCAGCACCUGCCUUCCGCCUGGCCGAGAACAGGACUAACCCAGCAGGCCGCUUCUCGACACAGGAGGAUCUGCAGGCCAGGCUGUCUAGUGUAAUUGCUAACCAAGACCCUAUCGCUGUAUAAAACCUAAAUAAACACAUAGAUACACCUGUAAAACUUUAUUUUAUAUAAUAAAGUAUUCCACCUUAAAUUAAACAAUUUAUUUUAUUUUAGCAGUUCUGCAAAUAGAAAACAGGAGAAAAAAAAAUCUUUUAUAAAUUAAAUAUAUGUAUGUAAAAAUGUGUUAUGUGCCAUAUGUAGCAAUUUUUUACAGUAUUUCCAAACAAGAAAGAUAUCAAUGGUGCCUUUAUGUUAUGUUAUGUCGAGAGCAAGUUUUGUACCAUUACCGUGAUUGCUUUUCCACAGUAUUUCAGCAAAACCUCCCAUGUAUUCUGUUUUCGCUGGCUUCUUGUGCAUUGCAUUAUGAUGUUGACUGGAUGUAUGAUUUGCAAGACUUGCAACUGUUCCUCCGUUUGCUUACAGUAGCACCCAAUCAGUACGUCUUGUAAUGGCACAUCCAUCCAAAUACUCUUCUGUACGAAGUUUUCUUUUGUAUUCAGUCUAUGAAAUGAGUCGUGUCUACUCUGCCAGCCAAAGGUUUGCUUCACUGGGCUCUGAGAUAAUAGUAGAUCCAACAGCAUGUUACUAUUAAUUACAGCAGGAAACUGCAUUAAGUAAUGUUAACUAUUAUGAAGAAAGUAAUAUUGUGAUUUAAAAACACACACACACACCUAUAUUAUUCAUCAGAACACAGCUUGCUCUCACUAAGAGGAGCUAUCACUUAUUUUAUUUCAAUUUAUUUUUUCUUGACCAAAAAGCAACAGUUUGAAGGGUAGCAGAGAAGAAUGGGUUCUGGCUUGCUAUCAGGGUAAGACCAACACCUUAUCGGAGGACUCAAUAUCACUUUCUCUCUGGGGGAAUGACACAACAACACAUCUAGUUGAAGAUCAGACCAGGGCUGGACAAGGUGCAAUCAUUCCUGACUUGUCUUUUUCACUGAUUUUGGAGCUAGUGAUUGGUUCUGUCUUCUUGGCUGGAAACAGACAUGCUAUGGCACAAACACCCCAGCUCCAACAGCACACUCAGCACUUGUCUGAAAUGCUUAGAGGGAAACAUGCCUGCUGUGCCUAGUGGUGACUGGUCGUUGUAGGGAAAUAGAGUGUCCAGAAGGAGGGACUGAUAGAAGACACAGGUGAAGGGCAGCUGUGUGGCAUGGGUUGCAAUUUUAAACAGUUUUGUUGACCACUCCUUUCUCUUCAUUAGUUUUCUCUUGCUUUUCAAUGUUGCCUUGAUUAGGUCAUGACUAUGCAUGAACAUUUUUGUCAGGAAUGGCCAACAUGCAUGUGAUUUGUGACUAGUAAGAACCUUCUGAGAGCGAUGCUUCAUCAGGCAAUGCCAAUAGUGUUGGAAAGAUUGCACUUUGCCCUGCAGAAACACGACCCUCUCCUGUGUACUGACCUCUUGCUUCGCAGCCUGCCUCACCCAUUUCCUCUUUUGUUUUUGCUUUACUCUCACAGGACAGAUGGGUCUAAAUGUUGCAUGUUCUCUUAAGAUUGUAAAUCCAAGGAAGGCCUAUAGGUAUUAACAUUCGAAAGAACUGCUAAUUCAGGAAAAUAAUAGCUUUUUGUAAAAAUUGCAGGUCCCCAAUUCAUGACCUGCCUGAUUCCUGCCGAAUCUGGCUGAAGCUUUACUGAGGUUCCAAGUAGACUCCUGGGAGCCAUGUGAUAAAAUGGGAAACAAGUUAGCAAGGGGUUCAAAAUACCAGGCAUGAAGUCAAUGAGAGUAACUGCUUCUUGUGGGCAGGUGAACUGAACAUAUUACUUCACCAAAUUUCUAUGUUAAAGGUAAAGGGGAGAAGAAACAUGCAAGAAGGUCUUAGGAGAAAAAUGCAGGCUGGGCAUGAGUCAUGUCACUGACCUCCUACAUGUUUCCACAGUCCACAGAGAUCCCUGUCUGCAGGUCUUUGAAGUUACUCUGAGUAUUUGAUAUCCCAAGUUGCCCUUCAUUGUUCACAUACCACUUCCUCUGUGCUCAGCAGUGCCCUCAUCAGCUUGUUAAACUACACGGAAAGGCCCCUGUCAGGCUGCAGAAGUUGCACUGAUUUCCCAGAUCUGUAGAAAUGAGUAAACUCGCGGCAGGAGAAAGAAGACAGUCAACCCAAAGAGGUUCUAUAAGUUAUUCUAAUAUUGCCUUUGAGUCAGUCUUAGACUAUUUCAAUAAAAAAAUUCCUAUCAUGAAUUAAAACUACAACUUUUGUUUCAAAUUCUACAGACUUAGGAGUACUCACAUGUCUCAUUCUGAAUAAUUUCAAGAAUAAAUAAAAUCUAUUGAGAGCAAUGAACAACAUGAAAAUUGUUGUAAAUUUUCAGGUUACACAAAUAUAUGAAAACUUAGGCUAAAGGGAAAGUUUCUUUCCAACUUGAUUCUAGUCACUCACAGAGGGAGCAUUAUUCGGGGCAGCAUUACCUGUAAAACAAGAGCUUCCCUUGAUAAGAAAGGCCAGCUGACUCCUCAGGGCUACUUGCUGCGGCCACCAGAUUUGUGUUCACAGGGACAUCUCUAUGAUGUUUAACUGCCACGUGGCUCUCAACCAACCACCCCAUUUAUAAACUCAGGCAGUGCUGUGGCCAUCCAAAGGAGGGUGAACCUAUGUUCCCAGCAGAUGAAAAAGCUUCUGUGGGUUUUUGGGUAAUCGCCCAGAAGUUCCACAGCCUCUCUGCCGCCUAGAAAUCAUAUCCAACUGAGGGGUAUGCAAUGGAACAUAGUAUAUGCAAACUUCUUUUUCUCACUCAAGAUUUCUUUACUAUCCUACUCUCUCUUCUUGCCUGGUAUGACUUUUUUCCAAGAGUACUUGGACAGCCUCAUGCUUUCUACAAACUAACUCUACCAGGGGGUAUGUGAAUGUGUUUCCGACACCAACAUGCUGUAUCUUCCUUGUCUAAGUGUGACUGUCUUGAUACAGGUGGAGUUUAUCCAGGGUAACUUGCUCAGUAGUUAUUCCUUUUUUUUUAUGGCCUGGAGUUAAAAGGGGCACAGCUCACAAUGGUGAAAAUAAGAAAGGCUGGUUUUAUCAUUUAGCCCUGGCUGUGUUCCACCAGCCACAGAGAUUAGAUUUCUAUCUACAAAGGCCCACGAAACACUGCAGACAAAUGCAAACAAAGGGAAAUGGCCACAUAUCACACGUUCUAUUAUAUAUUCUUUUGUAAAUACAUCCUGUACAUUACUUAGAUGUUUUCCUAAAUCAUUUACUGUCUUUAUGAGUUAAUGUCAGAUUUUUACUCUUUCAACUUACUGUAUAACAUUGUAAAUAACAUAAUGUCCUUUAUUAUUUAUAUUUAAGCACCUAACAUAGAGUUGUUUUCAUAUAAGUUUAAGGUAAAUGUCAAAAAAAUAUAUGUUUUUUGUUUUGUUUUUCUUCUCUUUAAAAUUAUGUAUCUUUUUCUUUUUUUAAAAAAAGAAUAUAAUUUAUUGUUCAGGAGAAAGAAUGUAUAUGUAACUGAAACUAUUUGAAGAAUGCACAUUUGAAAGCCGUGGGGGUACUGAUAAACUAAAGAAUUACUUAUCCAAAAUACUAAGCAAUAA